AUGAGAGAUUUCAAUGUAGUCUUUAGCCAAGAUAGGCAGCAUGGGACUGUGAUACAAGAUAUGGAAACAAAGGACUUUAGGGAGUUCAUGAAUGACACAGGAAUGAACGAAUUGCCUUCUGUGGGAAGGGGCUACACAUGGAUAAAUAACCAUACAUAUAGCAGAAUAGAUAGAAGAUUGGUGAACAUUAGCUGGAUGAUGACAAUGCCUAGCCUGAGUAUACAAGUAUUAGAACCAUCUGUCUCUGCCCACUCCCCACUUAAACUUAUGAUCUCACAAAUGCAGAGGAAGAAAGCCAGCCCAUUCAGAUUUUUCAAUUGCAUUGCUGAGCAUCCUCAAUUUAUGCAAGAAGUUAAUCAAGCAUGGAACACAACUAGGAAAGAUGAAAAAAUGCAGGGAGUGGAAUAA